CCAUUCCGUACCUUGACGUUAGCCGAUGAGUCUAAUUCGCACAUUGAGUUCUUUGUGAUAUUAUUAUACCAUGGGCAAGGCCAAAAAAACCAAAUCCAACACUGGCUACACCGCAGAAGCUCUCCAAGGGGCUUUGGAGGCUGUGAAAACUGGGAUGGCAGUGAGUCGCGCAGCGAAGAAAUACAACAUCCCCAAGACCACUCUAUCAUACAAAAACAAGGGACUGCUCGCCCCUACUAUAAGUAGAAGAGGGCCCUCUUGCAUUCUGGGGGUCGAACACGAAAAAUCUCUCAUCCAGUGGCUGCUCGACAUGAGCCAAUGUGGUUUCCCAAUCACAAGAGAACAAUUGCUGAACAGCGUACAAAUGUUACUGAACCAACUAAAGCAAAAGGAAACAGUAUUUAAGAACAAUCGACCUGGCGCUCACUGGUACAGAGCAUUCAAAGCGCGUAACAAAACCACACUGACCGAAAAAGUUAUUCAAAAUCUGAAAGGCCGCAAAAUUUCUGCAACAGAAGCAAACCUCCGAAAAUGGUUUGCAAAUGUGAAGUCUCAGCUCGAAACUAAAGAACUAUUAGACAUCGAGGAAUCACGUGUCUUCAGUUGUGAUGAGGCAGCCAUCUAUCUCAAUCCGAAGAAUAAUAAAGCGUUACUGAGAUUGGGCGAUAAAGCAGACUACAAUUUCAUCAACAACCAUCAGAAGGAAUGUUUAACAAUGAUGAUUUGUGGAAAUGCUAAAGGACAAUUGGCUCCUCCCAUGGUGGUAUUCCCAUACUCUCGUAACAUCCCCGCAAAGAUUACAAAAGACAUUCCAAGUGAUUGGAUUGCCGGAAAAUCUGAAAAUGGUUGGGUAGAUUGCGACUCUUGUUUCGACUGGGUACGUGACCAUUUCCAUCCUUGGCUGGUGCGAAAUAACAUCAAAUUUCCGAUUGUUUUGUACUUGGAUGCUUGCACAUCUCACCUGACAUUUUCAUUAAGUAAUUUAUGUAAAAAAAAAGGAAUAAUACUCGUUGCUUUGUAUCCCCAUUCAAGCCACAUCAUCCAGCCGAUAAAUAUUGGAGUUUUUUGUCAAUUAAGCGAUGUGUGGAAGGGGAUUGUUGAUCAGUGGAGGGAGGAGCAUGAAGGAAAUCAUCUGAGACGUGAGAACUUCGCAUCAUUGCUCCAGAAAGCUAUCAGAGCGUUGGACGUGGAGAAGCUUCUGACGGAUGCCUUUAGAUCAACCGGUCUCUACCCAUUCUCUAUGGAUGCCGUAGAUUUUCGUAAAAAUUCAGUGGAUUCAUCUAGCAUUAAGCCUGAUUUUAUGGAUGUGCAAGGUACAGUGCAUGUGCCCGAGUAUUUAGCAGUUCUUGAAGAAUGUAUUGGGGAUGAACUUCUCGAGGAAUUCCGAGCAGUAGUGGGGGAUGAAUGGACUGGGCUUGAGAAGCACACAAGCCUCUUUUCGGUUUGGCAGAAGAUGACGAGAAUGAGGCUACUUGAGGAUUUCACAGGAAAAAACUUUUCGGAGAUAAAGGUUGAAGAAGAUCGUACGGAGAUGGAUUUUGAGACGGGAGAGGCUGUGUAAUUUUUUAUUUGUAUGUAGUAUUUUAUGCUGUUUGGUAAAAAUGUAUUCUUCAGUCUGAA